CAGAAUCCCUCGGCUUGUGCCCAUCACACGCAGGAGGUGGGGGCUUCUGCGGAGGAGAGGUAGGGAAUGCGUGUCUGCGAAGGGGCGUGUGGGUGGCCGAGGGCGGCCUCCACUUCUGCACCCAGCGCCCCCGCCUUGCACCCGGCUGACUUGUGCAGCUCCUGGCCGUGAGGGGGCGUAGCAGCCCCAUUCCUUGACCCCGUCCCCAUUCAGGAAAAGGUCCCUAUCACUCGUUGCUGAUCUGUUGGGAAGGGUCGGUGGGAGCGGGCUGGAGAACAAGACUGUUUCUCCCAAGGCUUGGAUCUGGCUGGGACUGUGGGACUGCCCCAAGUCAAAGCAACACUGGCUCCUGGCUCCCCCACCUUGGCCACACUCCACCCCAGCCUACACUCUCCUAUGUGGUUCAAGGAUGAGAGCAGUUAGGAGAACGGUGGUGCAGGCACAUAGUAGCACGUGCUUGCCUAACAUACAGCAUCUGUGGUCUCAGAUCCAAAGCUCUGGAGAGCAGGGAUUGUCUACCCAAGUUUGGCAGACCCUGACACAUUGGUCACCCCAACGAACCAACACUCCCAAGUGCUUGCCUGCUUUGCAGGCCCCUACCAUGGAGCCAGGCAGCGUGGAGAACCUGUCCAUUGUGUACCAGAGCCGUGACUUCCUGGUGGUGAACAAGCACUGGGAUGUGCGCAUUGAUAGCAAGAUGUGGAGGGAGACACUGACCCUCCAGAAGCAGCUGCGGCACCGCUUCCCUGAGCUGGCUGACCCGGACACCUACUAUGGGUUCAGGUUCUGCCACCAGCUGGACUUCUCCACCAGCGGAGCACUCUGUGUGGCCCUAAACAAGGCAGCUGCGGGCAGUGCUUACAAGUGCUUCAAGGAGCGGCGUGUUACCAAGGCUUACCUGGCUCUGGUUCGGGGAUACAUCCAGGAGAGCCGGAUGACCAUCAGCUAUGCUAUUGGCAGGAACAGCACAGAGGGUCGGGCCCACACCAUGUGCAUCGAGGGCACCCAGGGCUGUGAGAACCCCAAACCAAGCCUCACGGAGCUGGUGGUCCUAGAACACGGGCUCUAUGCAGGUGACCCCGUCUCCAAAGUGCUGCUGCAACCCCUCACAGGCCGGACGCACCAGCUGCGUGUACAUUGCAGUGCCCUCAGCCACCCCAUUGUGGGGGACCUGACCUAUGGACAGGCCUCGGGCCGAGAGGACCAACCAUUCCGCAUGAUGUUGCAUGCCUUGUACCUGCGGAUCCCCACAGAGGCUGAGUGUGUGGAAGCCUGCACACCAGACCCCUUCGUGCCCACCCUUGACGCCUGCUGGAGCCCCCAUACCCUGGUACAGCCACUGGACCAGCUUGUUCAGGUCCUGCGGACUGCCCAUGACCCUAAACCCACAGAAGGGGGCCCUGGACCCUGCAGCCCCUCCAUGUGCCUGCCCGGGCCAGGCCGGCCCCCACCACCCUCUGUUAGUCCCACUGAGACAGAGGCUCAGCGGGCCUCAUGUCUGCAAUGGCUGUCAGAGUGGACACUGGAGCUGGACAACUGAGAGUGUGUGCCUAGUGUUGGGGUGCAGACUGGAACCUCCAGGUGGAUGGGGGCUGUGGGUCAGAACCCUAAGCCCAUUCCCAGAGGCAGGGGUAUCCUAGCCACAGGACUGAGGCUCCACCCCAACUGCAGUAGCCAAACCUGAAGAGGGGCCAAUGCCAGCAGGGGAAGCCGGGAAGCCAUGAUUAUGAGGAUGAAGGGCAAGGGCUCAGGGUGGUAGGACCAGCCCCCCCCCCCAGGGGAAACCAAGGCCUGCCUAUCCCCCCAAACCACUUUCUGUUUCCAAAGCUUCACCUGUGGGGCCUGCUUUGUAGACUUGCCCAGGGAUUGCCUUGGAAAAGGACCUGGGCCAGCCGUUGCCUGGGUGGGCUCCUCCUGGGCCCCUAGUCCACCCACCAGAGCACCCUGCUCCUUACCUGCUCAGACCCUGUGUGCCAUCACCCCAGCUCAGCUGAGCCCUCUCUACCUGCAAACCCUGACUGGUUCCCUGCCUGGCCAGUCCUACCUUGUGCCUUGGCUUCUGCUGAACUCUGCCUGUAGGUCUCCUGCUUCCACCCACAUCCUAUAUCACAUGUGGGGGUGGGUCUGGGCCAUCCUUCUGGCCUGGCUUAAGUGCUGCUCUGUGGGGUCCUCCCACCCAGCCACAGGUUGUAAGACCUUAGCCUAAGAGCAAGGGCAGCCCAACUCCCGCUUCCUCUGUCCCCCACAACAUGCCCACAUCGCUGCAGCUGCAACUGGGC